AUGGAUCCGGAGGAGCUCACGGCCCUGAUAGUCAAGCGUGUGGUCGAGGCCGCUGUGCCGGUCACCACGGAGCUGGCCGGCUCCGAGACGAAGCUCGACUCGUCCGACAUCGACCUGAUCACCGAGGCGACGAAGCAGAAAGUCGCGGGCGAGGUCCAGGUCAUGCUCAAGGCGGCUGGGCUCAUGAACAAACCUGCAUCAGCUCCGGCGCCCAAAGCGGAGCCAAAGGGCCUCGGUGGAGGUCUCGCGCCCAAGAAGCCGAAAGACAGCGGCCCUGCCGCCGGACUGGGCGGAAAGGGCCUGCCCAGCCGGGCGCCCAAGCCCACAGGGCAGGCCAUCGCGGCGCCCGCGGCCGCCCCGCGCGCGGCCGCCCCGAGCGACCCCAUGACGGCGCUGUCCGCAAUGAUGGGAGGCGGCGCGCGCCCGGGCGGCUCCGGAGGCGGCAUGCCGGACCUGUCGGCCCUCAUGCAGGGCGGCGGCAGCGGCGGUGGCGGUGGCGGCAUGGGCGGGCUGAUGGACAUGGCCGCGAAGAUGAUGCAGAACCCCGGCAUGGCGGACGUCAUGCAGAAGAUGGAGCAGGACAUGGCGUCCGGCAAGGGCAUGGACAUGGGUGCGAUGAUGAACGCAGUAAUGCAGGGGAUGGGCGGGGCGCCGGGGGCGCCGGGGGGCCGCGCGCCCGCGCAGGCGCAGCGGCGCCAGGUCGUCAGUUGGCGCGACGCGCUCAAGAAGAUGCUUCCUUCCGCCGCCGAUGCGGAGCGGUGGGAGCAGAUGGUGGAGGCGGACAUUGUCACUAUGGCGCGCAGCAAACCCCAGCCUACGUUCUCGACGGCGUACAUCGCCGGGGAGCGCGAGUCCAACGAGGGGCUGUCGCUGUUCUGA